AUGGUUGCCGAGGUGGACGUGAACGGCAUUACCGUGUCCUUCCCUUUCGACCCGUAUCCAGCACAGGUAGAGUUCAUGCGCAGCGUCGUGAAAUGCCUCCAGCACGGCUUCAACGGGCUGUUGGAGUCCCCCACCGGUACUGGCAAGACGCUCUGCUUGUUGUGUAGCACGCUUGGUUGGCUUGCAGCACGCUCGCAAGGCGCGGUCCUUCGGCACCCCAGCGACCAAGACCAGAAAGGUCGCGGUAAGUACAGUCACAAGGUGGUGUACUGCAGUCGAACGCACGCUCAGCUGGCGCAGGUGGUGCGUGAGCUGAAGCGCACGUCGUAUGCACAGUGCUUCACCAUGGCCAUCCUGGGCUCUCGUGAGCACAUGUGCUUGAACAAAGAGGUGACACGGCUCCCGUCGUCGCAGGCGCAGCACGCCAUGUGCAGUGCACUUCGGUCGGAGCGCAACUGCCGCUUCUUCCGCGGUUUGCAGUCUGCUGGCGCUGGUGCCAGCCUUCUGCCCCCUGCUUGCGCGGUGCACGACAUGGAGGACUUGAUGCGAGAGGGAAGCCGAAGCGGGUUCUGCCCGUACUUUCACGAGCGUGACGCGGCGAGGGACGCAGACGUUGUACUCAUGCCGUACAACUAUAUUCUUGACCCCUCCCUGCAUAAGCAGCUGCCCUUUGAGCUGGCGAACUGUAUUCUCAUUGUGGAUGAGGCGCACAACCUGCCCUCCGUGCUCAGCAGCUCGGGCUGUCAGACGUUGUCGCCGCUAGACGUGACCACCGCCAUCCACGACUGCUCACGGGCCAUCGCAAUGCACCGCCUCACCGCAAAAAAGGCGGAGCUGGACGAGGACGUUGCGGUGGAGGAGGAGCAGGAGCUGGCGUCGCUGAAGAUCCUGUUGAACCGGCUGGAGAUGUGCGUGUACGCGGAGCCUAUGGCAGAGGGGACGGCGGCGUCCACGCCGACGCAGUGCGCUGUGGUGAGGGAUGGCUCGUACAUGUUCGCUUUCUUGGAGAAGGCCUUUAUCACUCGAGAGGUCUUUGGAGCGCAGUCGGACGGCGUCACUUCGGAGUCGGGGCUAGCAGGGACGAUGGGGAAGUGCGUGACGCUUCUGGCGGAUAGCGAGCGACCCGCAACGAGCAUGGCGCGAGUGCAAGAGUUUCUCACGUGUGUCUUCGCCUUCGAUAUGGCUCAUAUCGACUCCACCAGGUUUGUGCUGCAGCAGCAUCUCGUCGCCGCCAAGGCCGCGCGCACACUCGGCUUCUGGGAGCUGGAUAAUACGCGCUUGAUGCGGCAGGUCGUGUCGCCGCUGCAUUCGGUUCUCCUCACGAGCGGCACGCUGUCUCCGCUUGAUCAGUUCGCGGCGGAGCUCGGCAUGGAGUUUCAGGUGCGCCUGAAGGGAAAUCACGUGAUCCAGCCAGAUCAGGUGCUCGGCGGGGUCCUCUGCCGUGGGCCGAGCGGCGAGAAGCUGAAUGGCGGCUUUUCGUUCCGCAGCAGCGUGGACUACCGCGUAGGUCUCGGCAUGAGUCUCGCCAACAUCGCUCGCAACACACCUGGUGGCACUCUUGUCUUCUUCCCCAGCUAUGCCGCUAUGAACUCUGUGGUCGAUCUGUGGCGGGCCGGGAGCGGGCGUGCAGGGGACACCAAAACGGUGUGGGGCAUGUUGUCGGAGCUGAAGCCGAUCUUCGUGGAGCCGAAUAACACCAACGACCUGCCAACCAUCGUGCAGGGCUUCCAAAAAGAGGUGGACACGUCACCCCUCCGCGGCGCGAUUCUGCUGGCGGUGUGCCGUGGCAAGAUCAGCGAGGGCAUCGACUUUGCCGACAACCACGGUCGCUGCGUGCUCGUCGCGGGCAUCCCGUACGCCAACCACACCGACCUCUUCGUCCGACUUAAGCGCGAGUACAUCACGUCGGUGGCGCCGCAGCGGCCUCUGGUGGACGGAAAGCCAUUCACGGGCGACGACUGGUACCGAAAUGAGGCGAUGCGGGCCGUCAACCAAUGCGUCGGCCGCGUGAUUCGGCACAAGGACGACUACGGCGUUGUCCUGCUCGCUGACGAGCGCUUCGAGGGACUGCUGGGUAGCGUGUCGGAGUGGGUUCGGCGGCGCACGCGCGUCUUUACCGACUUCCGCGGCGCCUACGCUGCCGUCGCGCAGUUUUUUGGCGGUCGGCGCCAUCGCGCGACUGAGACGGCUGCCGUUCCAUAUGUGUUGAUCGAGAACGGCGCGACCACCGCAGCGGAGCUGCCGUCCUCUGCGACGCUCGCGAGGCUGUACGCAGAUGCGCAGGCGCGUCAGCGCGAAGAGCAUAUGCAAGAGACACGUCGACGUCGUUUCGAGGAAGUGCGCGAGGCCAAGGCUAGUGCGUGCAACAAUGCAGUCGCGUCCGCGGCGUCGCCGUUUGCAACUGCGUCGUUUGCCUUGUCUUCAACGACGGGCCGCGCUGGUGGGGCCCCUGCGGUGUCGCAACGAACCUCUGCCGAGACACCGGAGGUGACAUUGGUGUCGGCGGAGAGAGAUACGGUUGUCAUGCACAAUACUGUGCAGAUGGGGCAGUCGGACGGACCUCCAAAGCUUGGGCGUACGUCAAAGGAGUUUUGCGAGUUUCUCAAAGCACGUGUGCCAGUAGAGAUGUAUCAUUGCUUCAAGAUGGUGUUGGCCCAGCUGGCGGCCCUCCGCCCGCUUCUGCGAACGUCGCCAACGGCAGCCGCGGAUGGCCUCGCACGGCUUCUCGUGCCGUUGCGGUCGGUCUUUGGCGCCACAGGCGUUGAUUCUCAUCACAGUCUCUUCGCUGAGUUCGGUCGCCACAUACCGGAGGAGUUUCGGCCACUCUACGCGGACCUCCUCAAAUCUAACGGGCUGACCUAA